CUACAUAUAACUGACAAUAUCUCUAAGAUCCCCUCUCCGUAUUUUUUACCUUCAAUACCAAUAUUAAACACAAUGUUCAUAUAUUUAAUUUUGCGUUUAUUUCGCCUUCUUAAGCUAACAAGACAGAUAGAUCCUUCUCCACGUGAUGAACAUUUUACGCAAAGUAUUCAGAAUUAUCCAGUUCAACAAUCUUCACAAUUAGAUUUGUCAUCUACUAAUAGCAAUGCAAAUCAAAUUUGUUUAGUAACUUCGUCUGAAACAUUAAAUGUAAGCCAAAUACAGAGAAAUCAAGGUGAAAGCGAUGCUUUUCUUAAUUUAUCUGGAGGAGUUCUGAGCGAUACUAAUCUUUAUAUUCGUGGUCUUCAGGAGGAUUGUACUGAUGAAAAGCUUUAUGAAAUGUGUGCUCCUUAUGGAAAGAUUGUUUCUACAAAAGCAAUUUUGGAUAAAUUGACGAGAAAAUGUCGUGGGUAUGGUUUUGUUGAUUUUGACAGUCGUGAGUCUGCAUUAGCUGCAAUUUCUGGCCUUCCCGAAUGGGAUAAUCGAAUACAUGCACAGAUGGCAAAGCAACAAGAGCAAGAUCCAACCAAUCUUUAUAUUGCGAAUCUCCCUUCUCAUUUUGAUGAGGAAAAAUUAUCUGAAAUGCUUCAAGUCCAUGGACCAGUGAUUAGUUCACGGAUUCUUAGAAAUCUUGACGGUUCGAGUCGAGGUGUUGGUUUUUGCCGUAUGACUACAUCAGAGUCUUGUGCUUCAAUUAUUGAUGCUUUUCAUGGGAAACGUUUGGCUCAAGGAUUGCAACCUUUAAUUGUGAAGCUGGCUGAUAGUACUAGUCGAAAAUUAAAACGUUCAACUCCUUCGCUUCAUUCAUUCUACAAUGAUGAUGGACGAUUUUACAAGGCAAAACUACCAGCUACACCUUUACUAUCAGCUACUACACCUUUAAUGGAUCCGAUAAUAUUCCCAGCAAUGUCAAAUUCGGCUCUAGCAGCUUUCAGUCCAGUUCUUGCAAAUUGUGGACGCCUGUCUGCUUCACAAUAUACACCACAGCAUUAUGGACCUAUUGCUGAUCUCAACGCCCAAUUCAAUCAGCUAAGAAUUGCUAAUGGUCCAUCCAGCAUUGUCGGUACAAGUGAUUCAACCGUAACACCUGGCCAAACUCCUCGACCUUUGCCAUCUCUGACCUCGACCGAUUUGCCUUUACAACAUCUACAACAACAGCAAACCCAACAAAUGUUUCAGCCUUCACAGCAGCAACAGGCUGCACAACUUGUCUAUCCGCCUUAUUAUGGUGUGCAGUAUUAUAUGCCAGCUGCAUUUGGUGCUGCAGCUAGUAACUAUCAACAGCCUUUUAUUGUAUAUAACCCGGCAGAUUACUAUUCUCUAGCUUCUCAACAGCAACAAUUAGCUGUAGCUUCAUCUAACCAAUUUGCUAAUGUUGGUGGUCAGGUUCAACAAAAUCAACCAAUUGCAAGUCUUUUCCCAUCUAUCAGUCAACAACAAACAACGCCAGUUAGUAAUCCUCAAUAUGGCAAUACAUACACAAAUCCGCCUUUAAAUAUUGGGCAUCAUAUUGGUGAACAACAACAACUCCAACCGCCACCGUUACCACAGGUACAAAGUACUGGAGGUAACAAUUUUAACCGACCACAGCAACAGCCAUUGCUAACACCUGUACAUACAAAUUCCGCCCCUUAUCUAAAACAACAACAGCGAUAUGGCCAUCAUAUGCAACAACCACAUUGGGUUCCCGAGCAACCUCACUCACAUUCGAUGCCUCCUACUAAUGUCACCACAUGUACAAAGCCAUAAAUAACUAAAGAAUAUCACCUUAAAUAAGUUCUGAGAAUUUGUAUUUUUGUGUUCUUUUCUUUAAAUGUUUGUACUUAAAAUCGUAAAAACAAACACCGAACUAAAAAUAGGUUAUGUUUUUAAAGCAUACAUAUUAAUUAUGUUUUUUUGGAGAAUUAAGGAUUUUUGUCUACUUGUGUUUGUUUUUUAUAUUCUAUUACAUCUUUAUUGCUUUUAUGUACCUGGAUUUAUUUUAACUAUUUUGUGUAUAAGGCUGAGGGGUUGGUUCAAUUUUUCUAAUAUUUCUGGGUGCAUUCUUUCUUAAACCUAAUUUUAUCAUUCAUAUUUUAAGUUUAAUUUGUUAAAUUUAAAUCAAAAAUUGGCACAACUAGGAGGAAGUAGGUAUAUACAGCAAAGACUCAAUUUUUAAAAAUUUUAUGGACUAAUUCCUCAAAGCAUCCACUCCUUCGUUGUGCUUUUAAAUUGUGUAAAUAAAAUUUUCUAAUUUUGCUCAUUAAAGAACAAUUUCCUUUUGUAAAUAAUUUUUUCUGUCUGUCUCAGCUCAUUUUUUAAGUUUUUCCAUUCUCGCCAGAUCAGAAUCCUUUUCAAAUGUUGCCUUCCUUUUAAGUCUUUUGAACGUGUACAUUAUAUAUUAUUUUUUAAAAUCAAAAAAAGUUUCUUUUGCCACUUUCACCUUUAAUUCUGAUUUUCCUUUCUACAUUUUUUACAUCUGCUGCUU